AUGACCCACUUGGUGAAGCAGGCGGAGAAGAAGAAGAAGAAGAUCGGAUAUUUGAAUCAGCUGGAAGUGCAGAAGGGGAUGCUGAAGUUUCGAGACUUCGACGCCGAGUACUUCAAAGAGAAGGACAGAAUUUUGCUGCAAAUGGAGAAGAUCCUGAUCUACCUGAAGGUGGAGACGAUGGAGAACCUGGUGGUGCAGAAGAUGAAGAAGAUGAAUCUUUUGUGGUGGGAGAAUCACCUGAACAAAGGUAUCAACGCUACAUCCGAUCUUCCAUGGACGAAGUCAGUGAUCCUGAUGAAUGGUGUGAAACCCAUUAUGGUUUCGCAACAGCUGAUGAUCUUGGCGCAGGUGGGGCUACGACGCGGUCAAGGUCACGAGAAGGUUCUGAUGGUGAAGAACAUCCUCCUACAGCAAAAGCAAUGCCGAAACCUUUGGCAAGAAAUGUGGAAAGGAGGGGCGCCAGAUGCUUUGGAUGAUUACCGCUGGGAUUUGCUGAUGCAGGGAAUUGGGCCAGAACACCUUGUGGUUUUGAAUUGCAACAACUUGGCCAAUUUCAUUCACAUAGAAGCAGACCCAAUGGAGCAACGACGUCUUCAACGUCUUUUGAGGUUGGAAGCCCAAGACAUGAAGAAGGUGAAGAAGAAGAAGAUGCGUAUACAGACGAUCCCUCUCAACCUGGAGAUCGAGAUGACCAAGACCAUGGUGAUGAUGGAAGAGAAAGUCAUGGAGGUAGCAGAAGCUAUGACUACGACGAUGUGGCCCAUGGACAUCGUGGACGCGCUGAUGGCGGCGCUGGCGGCUCUGGUGGCAUUGGUGGAAGUGGUGAACACCUUGGAGGAGUCGCUGGAUGUAUUCAUUUCGAGUCCUGAAGGAUGCAAACGAGGCAUUGAUUGCAGAUAUUGCCACUUCGAGCAUCCAGUAGUCCAGCUCGAGCACCGAAUCCGCAAAAGCAUGCGGGACAGGAUCAAGCGUAGACUCGAACCGCUCUGCUUUAAGGAUGCUGAUUUAGAGGCAAUUCACGAUGAUCUUCAGAAAGAAGCGGCAAAACAUCCUUUGGCUCGGAUUCGCAUUCAGGCCUAUCUGCGAACCCGUGGAAGAACUUCCUGUGCUCACACGGGACCCUCCCAAGGUGACUUCAAUGCACAGCCAGGCCAAUCGCAGCAGUAUCAGCUACAGUACCAGUGA